AUGGCUUUUGCGAACUCCAGUAUUUUCAACUCUGACUCUCCCCCCAAGUUCGAGCCCUUUGAGCCUGUCGAAACUAUGCGGAAGCGCUUCUCACCCGAUACCAAGUUAAUGGUUGCUGUUGGAGGCUGGGGCGAUACCAAUGGAUUCUCUGAGGGUGCAACGGAUGAUGUGUCCCGGACCCGUUAUGCUAAGAAUGUCGCGGCCAUGAUUAACAACCUAGGCAUUGACGGUAUCGAUAUCGACUGGGAGUAUCCCGGUGGGAACGGCGCGGAUUAUAUGAAGGUACCAAACAACCAUAAGAUCGAUGAAAUCGAAGCCUACCCGCUCUUUCUGCAAGCAAUCCGUGAAGCCAUCGGUCCGGACAAGGUCCUUUCAAUUGCAGUCCCUGGAAAACGGGUCGACAUGGUCGCCUUUACAAAGGAACAAGGUAGCAAGAUCUGGCCGUCUGUGGAUAUGGUGAACGUGAUGUCGUACGAUUUUAUGAAUCGUCGCGACAAAGUCACAAACCACCACACAAGCGUUGUGGAUUCACUCGAGGCAAUCAAGUCCUAUGAAGAAAUCGGUCUCGAUACUGCCAAGAUCAACCUGGGAUUUGCAUACUACGCCAAGUGGUUCAUGACCGAUCCCACUUCUAACUGCAAUGAACACCCACUUGGAUGCGCGGUUUUGACGCUGGAGAACCCCGAUGGUUCAGACGCAGGCACAUCAGGGGUCUUGACCUUUGAGAAAAGCACUAUGGCAGCUGCUCCAAGUAACUUGAAAGUCUCCACGGAUGGAACCUGUGGCUUUUCCAAGGGGACCAGAUGCCCGGCCGGUUCAUGCUGCAGCCAGUAUGGCAACUGCGGUACUGGCAACGACUUCUGCCAAGCUGGCUGUCUCUCUGACUACGGUGAGUGCAAGGGGAUCUCGGUUAUCGACUCUUGGCGCCGCGCUCUCAAGGACGGCAAGACGGACGAGCAAGCCGGCGGGCAGUACUACUGGGACAAACAGGCCAGCGUUUUCUGGACUUGGGACACUCCUGUGUUGAUUGCUCGCAAAUUCAGAGAAAUUGUGGAAGCUGAGAAACUGGGCGGAGUGAUGGCAUGGAGUCUGGGUGAGGACAGCCUGAGCUGGGAGCAUUUGAACGCCAUGCGAGAUGGUCUCAAAGGCAAGUCGGUUGGCCAGAACCCUCCUCUGUCAUGUGCCUGA